AUGGAUAAACUGCCGCCGAUAAUGGCCGCCUCCGAAUCGGACGAUGAGCUAUCAGCCUUUCUGAAAUCGGGCAUCUACCGGUUCGAAAACGCCAACGCCUGCUUCAUCGAUCCCGUUCGGGUCCUGAACCGAUCAUACACCCGGUUCAAGGUUUCUGGCUCGGCUUACUACUCCCGCUUUUUCCACGCUUCGGAAAUCACCCUUGCCAAUCACAGUAAUGAAGCGCCCAAAAACUCGAAAAAGCGCAAACGCAGCGAGAAGAAGAAGAAAAAGGGACAAACACUCAACUCGCGGGAACAGAUGGCCGACCAACGUCAUCAGGAGGUGAGACCAGCGUUGUUGAGAGCGCACGAAGCUCUGCUGGGCACGACUCAGCUUCUGGAAGCUUUGAGGGAUUUGAGAAAUGACAUGGAAAAUUGUAACGGAGAAUCAAUUUCGAAGGAGAAUGAGGUUGAUUUUGUGGAAAUAGGGAGAGUAUGGCAAGCUCCAUUUUACGAGAUCUUCCUUAAACAUCAUGAAGACAACACCUCAGUCGAAACUGCAGAGUCCUGUUGUCAGACAGCACUUCCUGUGUUCAGUAAUCUCAUUGCCAAUGAAGGGAGUCGUGAGAUAGAGGCUGAAUUACUUGGCCGCAAGUACAUUUUGCCAAAGAGAAGUUUUUUUUACAUGUCCGAUAUUAAUCAGAUCGACAACCUGAUUCCUGCUGAUUCUGAUUGUGGCUUCAACCUAAUAAUGAUCGAUCCUCCAUGGGAAAAUAGCAGCGCACACCAGAAACAAAAGUACCGGACUUUGCCUAAUCGCUACUUUUUAUCCCUUCCUAUAAAGCAACUUGCCCAUAUUGAUGGGGCCCUAGUAGCCUUAUGGGUGACAAAUAGGGAAAAAUUGCGGAACUUUGUGGAAAAUGAAUUAUUUCCGAAAUGGGGAGUCAAGCAUGCUGCCACCUUUUACUGGCUGAAGGUGAGACCUGACGGGUUGUUGGUCAGUGAACUUGAUCUAUUCCACCACAGGCCGUAUGAAUGCCUUAUUCUCGGUUUUAGUCAAGGGAAGGACAUGACCUCCGAACAGCUCCUGAGUUUGAAGUGUAUUCCUGACAAUCAAAUUUUCAUCAGUGUCCCAGGAGACUAUUCGAGGAAGCCCCCAAUCGGAGAAUUUCUACUGGAGCACGUGCUGGGAUUUAAGCCCGCCCGCUGCAUUGAAUUGUUUUCUAGAGAGAUGAUGCCCGGUUGGACAUCGUGGGGAAACGAACCCCUACACUUUCAAGAUUCGAAAUACUUUCUUCAGGCUACAGAUAACUUAUAG